AUGAUUACCCUCAAUGAACGCUUGACGCACAAACGGACCGAAGCCUUGGGAAUAAGCUCGGCUACUAAAGAAGGAAUGAUGAUGCGAUCAGGCAAGCUGCGCACAGCAGGUGAGAAACAGCAUGAAGCCAAGCUCCUCCGAAGCAAUUGCGGCAGCAAUCUGCUCGGACAAAGCAUCGUGCACUGCGCGGUUCAGGACUACCGCGACGAUGAUGUUUGUGGUCAGGAGCAGAAGGGCGUACUGCCGGAUGACCCCGUGGCUGUGUGGUUGGGGUGUUGA